AUGUCCUGCUACGACCUGUGCCGGCCCUGCGGCCCCACCCCGCUGGCCAACAGCUGCAACGAGCCCUGCGUGCGGCAGUGCCAGGACUCCACCUACGUGAUCCAGCCCUCGCCCGUGGUGGUCACCCUGCCCGGGCCCAUCCUCAGCUCCUUCCCCCAGAACACCGCCGUGGGAUCCUCGGCGUCCGCCGCCGUCGGAGAUGCUCUGAGCUCCGGGGGUGUCCCCAUCUCCUCGGGCAGCUCCUCGGGGCUCGGCGCUUUGGGGUACUCCGGUCUGGGGGGGCUUUAUGGGAGGUCCUACCGGCGCUCCAACCGCUGCGGGCCCUGA